GACUGGGGUCGUUGGUGAGCUGUGAUACGGGUCGCAGCAUGGUAGUAGACCUCUACGGCAAAUCCGGAUUGUGCACUUUUUAUGCCGUACAGGUCUGGAGCAUCGGCUGUACGAUUGCUGAGAUCGCGACAGGCCGAGUCCUCUUCCCAGGUGAAUCCACCGCCGACCAGCUCUGGCUCAUCGUGCGCUGUCUGGGGCCCCUCUCCUGGCAACACAACAAGGCGAACAACAACAGCAACAAAGCCAACAAGGCAACAACAGCAAUUCGCACGGUUCCACCAGAGCCCCCGCAUCCUGGCGGUUUCUCAGUCGGCUCUCCUGCUCCCGCUGCCGCUGGCGCCCCCGGACGCAGCGCCCCCACUGCUAGCCGGAUGCACUGCACCCUGCGUCAUCUCCUUCCCGAGCUCGACCCGCCGCUGUUUCAGCUCAUAGAAGCCUGCCUGCGGCCCGACCCAACAAAACGACCCACGGUUCACGAGCUGCUGCAGAUGCCGUACUUUUGGGAUGUACCGCGGCACCUGGCGGACAGUCCACAGUUGAGUGAUGGGCUGCAGCUGGCAGUGUCGGCGGGGAUGGCGGCGCGGAGGGCUGGAGGAGGAGCAGGGACUGCGGAGGAGGGAGGGGUGAGGAAGGCGCUUCCUCCGGAGUUGAAGACGCAGCAGCGGGAGCAAAGGCAGCAGCCGCCACAGCAGGAGACAGCUGCUGGCUUGCCGGAGGGCAUGCAAGGGGGGAUAGGUGAAGCCACGCCGUCAGCAACUUUGCAGGAGCAGCGGGAUCAGCAGCAACAGCAGCAGCAAAAACAAGCUCGUGG